UGUUGUAGAAAGAGGGCGUGGUCUCCGAUGCGAAUCAGUGCCGCGGCUGGACACACUCGCUGCCAAGGUCGCCGAAAGACCGAGUCAAACUGUUCCUUCAGCGAGUGCCUGCCGGAAAAUCGCAAGUUGAAAAAGAAACACGCAUGUUCGCAACCUGAAGUCCUGCGACGUAGAAGGUUUGCCGGAAUGGGUAACCUGCUAAAAGUCCUUACAAGGGAUAUAGAGAACUGUCCACACUUUUUCCUGGACUUUGAAAAUGCACAGCCCACAGAAGGAGAGUGUGAAGUAUGGAACCAGGUGAACUCUGUUCUCCAGGACUCUGAAAGCAUCCUGUCAAGCCUCCAGGCGUACAAGGGAGCCGGACAGGAAAUCAGAGAUGCAAUCCAGAACCCAGGUGACUUCAUGCUCCAGGAGCGGGCCUGGAAUUCUGUGUGCCCGCUUGUCAUCAAACUCAAGAAGUUCUACAGUUUCUCUCUGAGGCUCGAGGAAGCCCUCCAGAGUCUGCUGGAGUCCCUGACAUGCCCACCCCACACGCCCACUCAGCACUUGGAGAAGGAACAGGCGCUGGCCAAACAGUUUGCCCAAAUCCUCCACUUCACGCUACGCUUCGAUGAGCUUAAGAUGAGGAUUCCCGCCAUUCAGAACGACUUCAGUUAUUACAGGAGAACCAUCAGUCGAAACCGGAUCAACGACAUGAACCUGGAUAUCGAGAAUGAAGUUAAUAACGAGAUGGCCAACAGAAUGUCUCUGUUUUACGCCGAGGCGACGCCCAUGCUGAAAACGCUCAGCAACGCGACCACGAACUUUGUGACUGAGAACAAGACUCUUCCGCUGGAAAACACCACCGACUGUCUGAGCACCAUGGCCAGCGUCUGCAAAGUCAUGCUGGAGACGCCAGAAUAUUCCAGUCGCUUCAGCAGCGACGACACAGUCCUGUUCUGCAUGAGGGUCAUGGUGGGCGUCAUCAUCCUCUACGACCACGUGCACCCCAUCGGGGCCUUCAACAAGUCCUCCAAGAUCGACAUGAAAGGCUGCAUAAAAGUGCUGAAGGAGCAACCGGCCGACAACGUGGAAGGUCUGCUCAACGCCCUCAGAUUCACCACCAAACACCUGAACCAAGAGUCCACUCCGAGGACCAUCAGGUCCAUGCUGCAGUGAGGACCCCAGCGCUGGCCUCAGAUAAGACCCUUAUGUUGACAUUCUUUCAAAGACAUGGUGGUCUUCAUGCGGCGGAACCGAGGACAUGGUUGGUUUCAGCCUGGAUCAGAUCUCAUAUGAAGGCAGAGCCAGCUUCAAGGGCUGAACGUUUGUCUUCUUGUCCUGCCACUGGGAAUUGAAUCUUUACAAUCACACCAAAACCCCAUAAAAAUAUUUGUACUACUGUUCUUAUUUCCUCCUUGUUAAUAUAUUAAUUUCUUGCCAGUUUUAAAAGGAGAAAAAUUGCCUUGUUUAAAUUAUUACCUAGAUAUUUUUUUUUUUAUGCUUGGUGUCAUUGUAUUGCCUUAAAACGCACAUUUGGAGCUACUGUACUUUUUGAAGGGGAACUGCACUUAUUUUGCAAUUUUGCCUAUUGUUUACAAUCAUUAUGAGAGACAAGAACACAGAUGGUUUUAUUUUUUAUAUGCGUUCUAAAUAUUAAAUAGCGUAUUUUUCGAAGUAUAAGUCGCUCCGGAGUAUAAGUCGCACCGGCCGAAAAUGCAUAAUAAAGAAGGAAAAAAAACAUAUAUAUAUAUAUAUAUAAGUCGAACUGGAGUAUAAGUCGCAUUUUUAGGGGAAAUUUAUUUGAUAAAAGCCAACACCAAGAAUAGACAUUUGAAAGGCAAUUUAAAAUAAAUAAAGAAUAGUGAACAACAGGCUGAAUAAGUGUACGUUAUAUGAGGCAUAAAUA